UGUGCAGAUCAGAGGAGUCGUAGUAGAUUGUGAUUGGCUGUUUGACCUGUAUAUGAGUGGUUCGCUUCCUGUAACGUUCUCUUUCUUCCACGCGUCCUAUCUGCGAGAUCUCUUGUCUUUAAACCAGCUGUUUUAAGCGAUCCUUCGAAGCACUGCAAAGAUGCCGAGGGAAGACAGGACCACGUGGAAGUCCAACUAUUUUCUGAAAAUCAUUCAACUGCUAGAUGACUACCCCAAAUGCUUCAUUGUCGGUGCUGACAAUGUGGGCUCCAAGCAAAUGCAGGCCAUCCGUCUGUCCCUGCGUGGGAAGGCCGUAGUGCUCAUGGGUAAAAACACCAUGAUGCGCAAAGCCAUCCGUGGACACCUGGAGAACAACCCAGCCCUGGAGAAGUUGUUGCCCCACAUUAAAGGAAAUGUGGGCUUCGUCUUCACCAAGGAGGACCUGACUGAGAUCAGAGACAUGCUGCUGGCCAACAAGGUCCCUGCUGCUGCCCGUGCCGGUGCCAUUGCCCCCUGUGAUGUGACUGUGCCUGCCCAGAACACUGGGCUGGGUCCUGAGAAGACUUCCUUCUUCCAGGCUCUGGGCAUCACCACAAAGAUCUCCAGAGGAACUAUUGAGAUUCUGAGCGACGUGCAGCUCAUCAAGCCUGGAGACAAGGUGGGAGCCAGCGAGGCCACGCUGCUCAACAUGUUGAACAUCUCGCCCUUCUCCUUCGGGCUGCUCAUCCAGCAGGUGUAUGACAAUGGUAGUGUCUACAGCCCAGAGGUGCUUGACAUUACUGAGGCUGCACUGCACGCCCGGUUCCUGGAGGGUGUGAGGAACAUCGCCAGCGUGUGUCUGGAGAUUGGGUACCCUACUCUAGCCUCCAUCCCCCACACCAUCAUCAAUGGAUACAAGAGAGUCCUGGCUGUCGCCGUGGAGACCGACUACUCCUUCCCUCUUGCAGAUAAGGUGAAGGCCUACCUGGCUGAUCCCACUGCCUUUGCUGUGGCUGCUCCUGUAGCUGCAGCUGAAACGGCGGCUGCCCCCGCUGCUGCCAAGGAGGCGGCUAAGGAGGAGUCUGAGGAGGGCUCUGAUGACGACAUGGGUUUCGGACUAUUCGACUAAGCAGUCAACUCCAUGUGUUUGACUAAAUUCAUGGAGAAAUAAUUUAAUAAAAACAUAAAAUCGAA